AUUUAAGAUGAAACUCAAAAAGGUUUUAGUAUCAAACGAGAUGUCAUACAAAAUCGCCUUCGCGUUUCUUUGCUUGUUUGUGAGCUCUUUUGGGAAAGACCUACCGCCUUUCAUAGAAAGAUGUGGUUUAUCGGAUCCAAAAUUAAGAAAUUGCUUGGUUCGUUCAAUCCAAAAUGCAGCUCCUUCGAUUAUCGUUCCCUUUAACAUACCAUUCAUUGAAAUAAAAAUCGGUGAUGGCGCCAAAAUAACUUUAGCCAAUUCAAAUUAUACAGCGUUCAAAACUAUGAAAGUGCAAGAUGCUGGUUUUGAUAAAGAAACAGGGGAAUUUUACCUGAAAUACAUCGAUGCUAAAAUGGAUGCAAUAUCUUAUUAUGAAAUGGAUAUUAAAUUCCUCGGUUCUAAUAUAAAAGGAAAUGGACCUCUGUUGCUUAAUUUCACUGAUUCUUUUAUAACAUACACAACAAAAUUGAAAGUAUUUACCGAUAAAAAAGGAAUCGAACGUUAUGGAGUUGAAGGUGGGAAAACAACUUUUAGCCCUACAGGAGCCAAAUUUGAUUUCCAAAACUUGUUUAAUGGAAAUAAAUCGUUAGGUAAAGCAACGAAUCGCCUAUUAAACGAAAACUGGAAAGAUUUAUUUGGGAUUCUUCAACCGACGUUUCAGCAAGUUUUAGCCGGGAUUAUGGACAACGCUUUUAAAAAAUAUUUAAAAUACGUACCAAAAAAUGCGGUGUUUCUGCCUUGAUUUAAAUUUAAAAUCUACUUUUUUGUAAACAAAUAUUUUACAAUUUUUUUGUAAUGAUUGUUAUAUUAAAUCAUUUGUGUAAGCAGCAAAA